UCACUAAAUUCCAUGAUAUUAUCAGUUGUCGAAAACCUACGAUACUUUGCAGAGAAAUUAAUGUUAACUCAUAUUAACAAACUGCAUGUAUAAGUUGUUCCAUGUUUCAAAGUUCAAAGCUAUGCACCAGUUACAAGAUAUCUCACUAAACUACACGAGUUCACGAUCUCAACGUGGUGAGGUUACAGCACAAAUCCACCGAAAUAUUUUAAAAAAAGUGGUCUGAGCAUUUGUACCAAAAUAGCAUUAAAAUAUAAAAAAGCUUUUUAAGCACACGUCGUUCAGUAAUCAGUUACUAUGGUAGUGCGGACAAAUACAUGCGCUUCCCUUAUAUCUUCCUACACGAGAACUGAGUGUUUCGUAGUUCCUACUGACACUGACAAAAAGCACAUGAAGGAAAGCUUUUUAACAGUACAUAUAUAAACAUACGCACAGGUGCAGCGAAGAAGACAAAGCAGAUCAACGAUACGGGAGAAUGGCACAAAAUUUUGUCAUGAAAUUAUAUUGUACGUUGUUAUGUAUUGCUGUGAUGGUCUCAUGCACCUCAGGUUUAGAUCGACAACAUUAUGAAGCUCAAAAACGGUUGAUCGAUAAAAUCAUUAAUGAAUCAGAAACAACAAAACAAAUCUUACCAAUGGAUAAUGAAUCAAAACCAGUCAUUCUAGGAAUAAGUAUUGGAAUAAGACAAAUUGCAACAGUGGACGAGGUAAACCAAGCACUGCGAUUGAAUGUAUGGCUGCGACUGGAUUGGAAUAACUCAUUUGUGACCUGGGAUCCGACGGAAUACGGCAAUGUAACUUCAAUUCACAUCGAUAACUCUAAAGUUUGGACACCAGAUAUUGCAAUGUACAACAAAGCGAGUCUUGAAGAAGAAAUCGAUAUUUUAUACACGAGAUUGAGUACGUCAGUUAUCAUAAGAUAUGAUGGAAACUGUCAAUGGUUAUCUCCUGUGACUCUCCUCUCACAAUGCAGGAUCAAUGUCCGUCGGUUCCCAUUCGACGAACAGGAGUGUCUCUUGGUUUUUGGUUCAUGGACAUAUUCAGCUGACAAGAUCGACGUUAAGUCGAAGGGGGCUGACCUGGACAACUUCUUACCUAACGGUGAAUGGACAGUGAAAUCGUCCCCUAUGAAACGCAAUAUCAAAGUGUAUCCUGGUGGUACCUCGUACGCUGAUGUUACACUGAGGUUUCAUAUUAAACGACAGCCACUGUACUACACUCUUAACCUUAUCUUGCCCUGCACUGUCAUCGCUAUUUUGGCCUUUCUGUCUUUUGUUUUGCCUUCAAACCACGGAGAACGUGUGUCGCUUGUGAUUACUGUCCUUCUAGCGAUGUCUGUGUAUAUGUUGAUUGUUUCAUCAACCCUGCCCCAGACCUCUGACGCGAUGCCCGUCAUAGGAACCUACUUCCUGUGCAUCAUCGUUGAGAUAGCUCUCUGUCUCCUGGCGACCUGCUUCGUCGCUAAAAUUCGCGACCAUGAAACUGAGAUACCAAGAUGGUUUGAUCACCUUGUAAACAAAAGAAUGGCGAAAUUUCUACUCUUGAGAAAUACCAUCGAAGAUUACGAGGAGGUUCCAAAAACUAGCAGAAAAAAUGGUCAUUCAAAGAAUGUUGACAUCAGUCUAACUGAUGUGAAAAUCCCUGAGAAUGAGGUGAAAUUCGAGGUAACCAAUCAGAGAAUAGCAGACAAGUUACGUGAAGAACUUUCUGUGCUCACAAGUGACGUGAGCAAGCGACAAAAGCGUAAUGCGAGGCAACGAAAAUGGCAAAAUGCCGCACGAGUUUUGGAUAGAUUUUUUUUGCUUUUCUUUUCGUUUGUGUUCGUUGUUGUGACGGCUUCUGUAUUCUCCUAACGAGGAUUUCACGUAUAUAUAUAGAGAGAGCUUCUUUUACCUCAGAAGAUGUUUUAAAAGUGAAUAACACAAAAUUCUAUGCUAUGCGAAUAGUUCAGUUGAACUAGAGCUUAAUGUCCUAGCUGUUGAUCGUAAGAUCAUUUUUUUAGAUCAACCGAUGUGAAAAACACACGAUAAAUAUAUUAAAUACAGAUUCGAAGUUUAUUUACAUGC